UAAACAAAAGCAAUGCAUGAUUAAACAAACACAAACAAAAACAAACAGUCACCUCGGACACUGACGACCGGUAGAGAACCUGACACCAAAGGAGAAGCUGCAGUUUAGACAUCCUUAAAGUUUAACCUCAAACGUAAAAAAGAAGAAGUUCCCCACAAUGUGUUGUAAGUGACAUUGAAAGAAAUGUCACUGUUUUGUGCAAAGUCAUAUAACAUCAGCACGUAGCUGGUGGAUGUCCUGGUGGAAGACCAUAUAUGGGUGAAGAUGUGUUGAUAUAAAAAGAAAAGCAAAGAGAGACGGACAGACUCUCUUUGAGCUUCCUUCCUUUUUGGGUCGUCACUUUUUCCAGUUUGUCUUUUUGCAUCUUUAACUUUUAUAUUUUACUUUUUGCAUUUUGCAAUACUCAGUUUUGAAAACCGGUUUGUAUUUUUAUACACGCUCAUCUCUGAGGUCUUCUAGUAUCUCCAGACUAUUGGGAGGCCUCGUGCUGUUGGGAAAUCACACUGAUCGAUGUCGCAACGGAGUCAGUGAGGAGGAGGACGAGGAGGAGGAGGAGCGUCAACCGGAAUACGCUCAACUUACUUCCUACAUACACACACACAUACACACACACACACACACACACACACACACAAACAAACACGUACACACAAACAAACACACAUACACACACACACACACACAUACACACACACACACUAACACACACUAACACGUUUUAUCUUAUAUUUUCAUCGCUUUUUGCGCAUUUGACGCAGUUUUAAACCGUGACGCGUCUCUGCGUCUUCCUCAGUGUCUGAACUUCAGUCCAGCUGUCAGCAGCUGUCUGACCGUCUCUUCUUCGUCUCUGUUUUGGUUUCCUGUAGCGUAUAAAUGCACCAAUUCGAUCAAUUAAUUAGUUGAUUAGCACGUGACGUCAAUCAGGUCUCGUUAGUUACUCCGCGGGCUCCUCGCGCAGCCCCCCCGGUGCGCCGCCGUAACUCCCGGAGAUUAACAGCCGCGGUCGAGCCCUGACACGGGGCCGUUAAUCACCAGAGACCCGCUGCUGCUGCGGUGGUAACUGGAGGGUGGGUGAGUGUGUGUGUGUGUGUCUGUGCUGACUCACACACACACACACACACACACACACACACACACACACACAGUAAAAACAAACACGGCUCCACCCCCGCCCGUCCUGCUCCACCGAGAGGGACUCGCAUCCAGACCGGACAGACACCGAGCAGCAGAGCGUCCCGACCGGCUGUCAAUGGCGUCCUUCAUCUCCACCUUCUUCCUCCUUGUCGUGGUCGCCACGGCAACGCCGGCUGUCAGUCAGUCCAGUGACCCGUCAGAGCCCAUGUGUUAUGACUGGGGGGAGUCCAGUGAGGGGGCGGUCUCCAUCCUGGAUGGGGAGGCCGGAUGGCUCUCCUGUCCUCUGUUCUCUCAUCCCUCCGUCUACAACUACUCCUCCACCCAGAGCGCCGGACACAACCUCUUCUGGUACCGCCUCCCCGACGGCCAUGACCUGGAGCAGCCAAUCACAUCCAGCUCGCGGAUCAGCAAAGACAGAGACAGACUGUGGCUGCAGCCGGCCACCGCCGCCGACACCGGACAGUACAUCUGUAUGCUACGUAACAAGUCAUCCUGCAGUAAGAUCGCCAUGCGUCUGAAGGUGCUUCGGCCUGACGAGGUGUUGCAGGGCGCCAACUGUGACACACCUGUUGCCGCAGUGGCAGCCAGUCAGAUGAACAUCCCGCUGCAGGAAGGGGGGAUACUUGACUGUCCAGACCUGCAGGAAGCCGCCAAGAUGCCCGAAAGCAAGCCAAACGUCACCUGGUACCAUUUGACAGAAAAGCACUGUAAUAAGGCGCCGUUCUGGGGCAGCGAUCGGCAGCAGAAAGGAUUCAGGCUGCACGUUCAUGUCAUGUACGUUCACUACCAGGGUUUAUACUUCUGCACAGUCCGCUACCAGCGAAGAGGCCAAACACUCAACUUCACCAGGAGCAUCAACGUCACCGCCGUCCAGCCAUCAUCUCUACCCAAACAGCCGAGCAUCCUCAACCCGACUACAGACCAGAUCUACACUGUCAAACAGAACAUGGAGGCGCGUCUGGUGUGCCGAGGGAUGUUCCCCCACCUGGUCUCACCGUGGGACAUCUGGUGGACGGUCAAUGGGAAGACGGUGGAUCAACUGGGUGACAGUCGAUUCUCCAAUACCAGCAGGCAUGUGAGUUAUGACUAUGGGGACCGGAUUGAGGUGAGCGAGCUGGUGAUCAAGGACUUCCAGUCUGAAGAUUUGAACAGAGAGUACAAUUGCUCCGUGAGGAACGCCAGAGGCUUCGACACUCGUGCAGCUAAGCUGCAGGAGGAGGUGUCGCUGCCGUCGGUGGAGCUGGGUUGUGGUCUCGGUGUGACUCUGCUCCUCAUGCUGCUUCUCUUCGUGGUUUAUCACGUCUUCUGGUUGGAGCUGCUGCUGCUCUAUCGCUCCUGGUUCGGCACUGACGAGCGACACACAGAUGAUAAGGAGUAUGAUGUGUACAUCUCGUAUGCGAGGAACGGUGAGGAGGAACAGUUUGUUCUGACGACGCUCCGCAGAGUUCUGGAGAACGAGCUCGGAUACUCAGUGUGUAUCUUUGACAGAGACAGUCUGCCGGGAGGGACCAUCACAGACGAGACUCUGAGUUUCGUGGCUCGUAGCCGGCGCCUCCUGGUGGUCGUUAGCCCAGGCUACGCCUCCCAGGGCUCCCAGGCCCUGCUGGAGCUGAAGGCCGGUAUUGACGGCAUGGCGCUGGGCGGACACCUGCGGGUGAUCCUUGUCCAGUACAAGCCAAUCCGGUGGCAGGGCUGGGUCAGGGAGCUGAGGAGGACCCGGGUGGCCCUGGCGCUGGUCCGAUGGAAGGGAGAAAAGUCCAGGGAGCUGACGUCCCGCUUCUGGAAGAGGCUGAGGGUGGAGUUACCUGUGAGGACGGUUAGCAGCGGGGAGGAGGACAACAGUAAGGAAGUGGCCUUGAUGAGGCUGCACAGUCAGAACAGCACCAACUCCCAGACAGGCCUCAUCACCAACAUGGUCAAAGAGCCGCAUAAAGUCUUCAGCUCUGCAGCGUAGAUGUGACGUAGGUCUGCAACAGUCACAUGAUCUGAACUUUGAUGCGUCAACAAAACCAGCACAGACAUGUUAGAGACAUGAUAAACAGUAUUACGUCAUUAUGACUGAGACCUGGAGGUGCAACAGUCAACAGAUCUGUGGGACAGCUUGAACAGGAAGUCGCAUUUUCAUCUUUAUUCUUCAAGAUGUUUUCGUGCUCUAAAUGAGAGUUCUGGCUCUGCAGUUCUUCUCCGUUCAAUUUGUACCUCAGGCUCAGUAGAAUAUCACACAUUUAAAACCAGUUUCAGUACAGGCCUUGAGAUCCAGUUACACUUUUUAGUGCCUUAUGAAUUUUCAACAUUUCUUCAAAACUCAAAACUUUUCUUUUCAUUUAACAAAUUUAGCUAAACUUCUUGAAUACAUCAGUAUGUAAUAAUACGUUCUGGUGAGACAAACAGUCAUCAUCAAGAUGUAAACUGGGUAAUUACAGCUGCAACUAACAAUUUUCACUAUCGAUUAAUUUGCCAAUUCUUAUUCUCUCUCGUCAAUUAAAUGUUAAAAAUAGUAAAAGACAUGUCAUUCACAGUUUCUCAGGGCUCAUGAUUAUGUUUUCACUAUGGCUGUUUCAGUAUUCAAUUUUCUGUCAUAUAUGACAAAGAAAAACAGCAAAUCGUCACAUUUGACAAUCAGGAACCAAAGAACGUUUGGCAUUUUUGCUUGAAAAAUGACAAAAAGAAAAGAUUAAUCAGUUUUCAAAAAGUUACCACUUAAUUUUCGAUUAAUCAACCAAUUGUUGCAGCUCUAUUUGCAGUAACUAAUCAACUGUCAUGAGCAAAUUAUAUUUGGGUGGUUCAAAGCCAUUUCAGUUCAAUCUUUGUUGCUAAUUAUUUAGCACUUGCUAGCAAAAGAGCUAAAUUAGCUAACUCCUACUGCCCCCUACAGGCCGCAGUAUUCAUUGCAGCCACAGCAACAUCCUGAUGAUUUAACUAUCAUUAGUCUUACCAGUUGAAGAGCUAAAAUGAGGAGAGCAAGAAUGUGAUCAGAAAGUAUCGUACAGCGGGUGCUGAGAAACCAAAGAGUUGGUGGAUAUUUCUGUCCUGAAGUCAUCCUGGAGAGGAAGAGUUAUUUAAAAAGAAUACAGAAGAGAGACAAAACACUCAGUCAACAGCAUCCAAAGAGCAACAGAACAAGUAAAACAGUAAAAAAAAAUGCGCAAUACUUCUCAGAUUAAUACCUUUUUGUUUCCUGGCUUCAGUAUUAGUUCUCUCAUUAUCAUACCUCACUUUUCAUCUCACACUAUCUGUUCAUUAUCACUGUAUAUUGUAUGAUGCCAGAGUGUCUUUCCAGAUCACAGAUCAUCAUAUGGAUGCAGUAUUUUACAUGAAAUGAACCACUACUGCAUGUGUGCAUUUUGAGGCCUGGAAUUUUGUUUUACAUCUUACUGCUUGUGCAAAAAGGGCAGAAGCAAUCAAUCACAGCAGCUGAUACGAUGAGACACCCGUCAAUCAAGGCAAAAUAUAUCAAAAAUGUGCCAGGAGACACAAUAGAAAAAGUGAUAUAAACUGCACUUGUUGCAAUAAAACAAGCAUUUUAGGACAUUUCAGACUGCGCUUGACAGCCUCCAUGUCAACCUGUGCUUUGAGCUUAAUGCUAACAUUAGCAUGUGCAUAUUUAAUGUUUAGCGUUCUAGCAUUAGCAUGUUAGCACACAGUGUUUGGACAGCUGAGGCUGAAAGGAGUCAUUAGUUUUACAGGUAUCCUAUGAUUAACUUAAGUUUUUGGAAAAAUUGUACAUUUGAUCUCAUGGUGGUGCUAGAGGAAAAAUCAGAAGAUCACUAAAGUCAGCAGGCGUAAUCCUCUGAGCCCCAUGAAUAUCUGUACAAAGUUUCAUUACAAUCUUCUCAGUAGUUGUUGAGAUAUUUCAAUAUGGACCAAAGUGGUGGACUGAACAACAUUUCCAUCCCUAAAGCUGCACCACUAGAGUGGCUAACAUGUAUUGACUUCUUAUUUGUAAUGAAGUGAAAUAUUUUAAAAAUGAAAGAAAAUCAGGAAAAACAGUACAAAAUUGAAGUAAAAUUCUAGUUUCCUGGGGUGAAAACUGUAUUUGUAUCUCUAGCAAUAAGUCGGGGGGUUUUGCAUUUUGAUACACUUAAACACUGCUGUGGUAAAAACACUGAAAUAGAGUUGAGUGUCAUCUGCGUAGAAAUAGAUGCACAAGAUCACAUGCAAUAGAUUCGUUUUAUAGCAACACAGCUAUAAAAUGUUAUAGGAAACACAGACAGGAGGGAUCCAUGUACUGCAAUGUUUUAAAUAUUAGUCACAGAAAAUGUAUAAACAAAGUAAAUCCUACCUAACCUUUACCUUCAAAUGUUACUAUUACUGUGCACUUUCUGUGUUUUGUUGAUGUUUUUGUCGCUAUUUUUAUUUUUCUACAUUCACUAUAUCAACAGUAAAUCUACUAUAGUUACUUUCUUUUAAGAAUGUACCGUGCUAUUCAUUUUUAACACUUUAAAAAACAGAAUUGUUAUGGGAGAAUGCACAUCAAUCCUGCACUUUGUCAUGCUCUAAAUUUCCUAUUUUAGCAGUCUACAAUAUUUCUUUUUUUUUUUAAUAAAUGAAUUUUUCAUCUGGUAUUAUGUUGCCAUCAU